GCUAGACUUAUAGUGGUUAUAGACGCUUUGUUUAUUUAUCAGGGCUUAUCGAGCGUUUAUACAUGCGUUGCCUCACUGCAUGAUUGAAUCUCACGUUCGUUGUUUUAGUUUUAUGACUGGGAUACGUUCACAAUUUUUCAGUGAACAUUGUGCCAAAAGAGAUUCACAUAAAAUUGAGUAGUGGUGGUAGUUCGCGUUGUUUGCAAUCGCUUGUUUUGUACACAAACUUCAAAAAUACUAUUUUUGUGUUUGUCACUGAUGAUUCAAACAAGUUUAACCAAAAUUAUUUUAAUUUAAUAAUAAAUCUCAAGUUACAUGUUAUUUUGUUAAAUUCAUGAUUACGUUAAAUUUUCGUAAUAAAGUCAAUUGUAAUAUUGAAUGUUGUCAUAGCCUAUUUAGACUAAAUUAUUGCUGCAUUUUGAUAUUUAUAUCUGUAAUUAUGUUCAUUGUAUAAUGAAGAAACAUCCAGAUCAAAUCUCAUAUAACACUUGAUUCCAUUAUUUUUGUUCUUGAGUCGCGAAAGGUUGUUUAGAAUUCAUUUUUCGUUGAUGACGAAUUGGAGUCUGAGUAGUUUUCGUAUGAAGAACGAUUCUUUAAAUUUUGACGAAUGUUAGGGUUGGAUUAUACUCUUAGAAUGUCGAGUCGUGAGCUGUCAUGGACGUCAGUACAAAAAUUUGUUUGCUGGGAAGCUUUCGCUUCAGAAAAUGACGCUUUUUCAAGAGUAUCCUGCUUUUGUUGAAAUGUAGUUUUGUUAAUACAAACACAUUUCCAGAGCAAACAAUGUCUCGACGAAACAAAUCUCAAAUGUCACGGUCUUUUGUAAAGGAUGGCAAAAAGCUCUGCUGCUUUUGUGGUCUUCCUGAUGACAAUGAAUUGGAGUUUGGAAAAUUUUAUGAAUACGAGGGAAUCGUUACUCAUUAUUAUUGUUUGCUCUUGUCUUCAAAUAUGGAACAGAAAGGUAGUGAUGAUCAAGGCAUUUUAGGAUUUCUAGGUGAUGAUAUUCAAAAAGAGAUUCGUAGAGGCAAAAGACUUGUUUGUUCACACUGUAAAAAGAGUGGUGCAACUUUAGGAUGCUGUAAUGUUAAGUGCAAACGUAUUUUUCAUCUACCAUGUGGUUUAAAAGCAGGAUCGUUACAUCAGUUCUUCGGAGAAUUCAGAUCUUACUGCAUAAAUCACAGACCAAUACAAAACAUUGAUGAAAGAGUAAAAAAUGAAGUCAAAAAUAUGGUUAACAUAUUGUGCUAUAUUUGUUAUGAGGAUGUGGAACCAUUUGACACUAACAAUACCCUAUGGGCCCCAUGUUGUAAAAAAAAUGCUUGGUUUCACAGAAAAUGUGUUCAACAAUUAGCUAUGAGUGCAGGAUAUUUUUUUAAGUGCCCAUUAUGUAACAAUAAAAGAGAAUUCCAAACUGCCAUGCUAGAGUAUGGUAUUUACAUUCCAAGACAAGAUGCCUCAUGGGAAUUGGUGCCAAAUGCUUUUCAAGAGUUAUUAUACAGACAUGAUCGUUGUGAUGCUGAGCCGUGUCUAUGCCCAAAGGGUAGAACUUAUUCCACUACUAGUGCUAAGUGGGAGUUGAUAUUAUGUAGAUUGUGUGGUUCUCAAGGAAUACAUGUAUCUUGUGGACAAUUGAAAUUGACUAAUCCAAUGUGGGAGUGUCAAGAAUGCAUGGCUAUAACCAAAAAAUCUUCCACUGCCGGAGCUACACCAAAUGAUUCAACUACUAAUUCUAAUAAUUUAACUAUACCACGAGCAAAUGUUACUAUCAAUAUCUCAGUGACGGAAAACGAAAAUGACAGUGAUUCUGACAUCUCAGUUGGAAAUGAUUCACCUGUAGUUGAUGGUUUAGACGAUAUUUCUUUGAAUUUACCUCCAAUCAAACUAAGGCCUGGGCCAAAAUCAUUUAAGUUAAAACAAGUUCAAAAAAUUAAAAAUAAUGAAGCUGAUAAAAAAGGUAUCAUUAUAAGUCACAAGCCUGUUGAAUGUAUCAGUAAUGAAAGUAAGGAUAUAAAAUCUUCAAGAAUACCUAUAAAUGUUUCCGAAGAUAUUAUCUGCUUAGAUAGUGAUGACGAAUUACCAGAGAUCGUAUGUGAAAGCGGUAUGAAAGGCGUCAAUAAAAAUUCAAUGAAUCAAUUUAUAUUCGCUACAAAUGCAAGUGGCAGUAGUUCCUCAAGUUUCUCUAAUUCAACCCCACUCGUCAUAAGAAAUAAAAAAUAUGAUAAAACUCCAAUAGACUUGGUAUCGCCCAUGAGAACGAAUACACCAACGGCGAUCCAAGAUACCGAAGAAUCAACUUGCAACUUUAUCAUAACAAAUGUUACCUCCGUACCUGCUGAAUUUUUCGCUAGCGUGCCAGACAGUCCAACGAAAGAGACUGUAUCAGAACUGCCGAGUUUUUCGCUUGCAAUGCCAGAUGUGCCAAACCAAUUGAAGAGGAAUCAUCAGGAGGCAUGUGACGAAGAACAAGAAGACAAUCAAGCGAUAAUCGAAGCAUCUAAGCGAGCGCGACUUGACUCAACGAUAGAUCUAGAACCCGCGAAAGUUGAUGAUAAGCUUGCACCGCCUCCAAAUGUUUUAUUGUUGCCUGAAAAUCCGAUUAAAGCUGUACCAUCAACUUCGUUAGUGGAAGCAAGUUACGCGACAAUCACCCCUGAAAAUUGUCACAAGGACGCAGGCACCGGACCUACAGUGGCCUCUUUCAACGAGACCUCCGAUCAUUCUGCCGCAGAUGGUACAAGAAACGUCGACCAGCCAGAUGACUCUCAACCAAUUCAUUCAGAAACAGAUACAAACGCCACCGACCCUCCAGACCUUGCCAUGUGUAUCACAAAUAGUACCGUUUCCGCAAAUGGUUCAAGUUCCUUUAUUAACGGCAGCAGCGGCAAUGGCGGGAGCUCCAAGUCAAGAAGUUCCUCCUGUGAUCGAUCUGGAUUGAUUCCAGAUUUUGUUCGCCUUCGCGAUUUGAAGUUUAGAAUUUCUGGAAAUGAUUUGGAACUUGCUUAUCGUGCAUGUAAAAUUCAAAUGAAAGUGAACGACAUGCAACAUAUUACCUCAUCAUCAAGCGAUACGUAUAACGCCGCUUCAGUGUCUUCGGCAGGAUCGAAUCAAAAUUUAUCUAACGAGAAAAGUAGCAAAUCGUUUCCACUACGAUCUGACGACUCGAACGAAUCGAGUAGAGUUUUGAGAUUUAGAAGCCGUGGUCCAAGGAGUUUUAUUUACGAGGACGACAAUACGCUGUUGGAAUAUCCGACCACCCAAGCGCAAAACAACGCUGGUAUUUCAAAAGAAUCGUUGACGCGCGAUAAAGCCUCAGUACCACGGAAUCACAACGAUUUAAAAGAGAAUUGGAAUCCUGAGAUGUCUGACAGCCCAAUGAGCAAUCAAUUCAUAUCCACGACUAAAGAUAAAAAUAUUAAUUCCUCGGAAAAAUCAAACAAAAGUGAUAAUGAUUCCGUGUCUACACCGAAAGAUAAUUCAAUUAUUACUUCACGUUCACUUCGCUCGAAAAGUAGUCGAUUGGUGAGGCAUUUUCACUCAAUUCAAAAGGUAACCAGCCCUGUUAACGGAUUAGUAAUCGAAGACUCCAUGAAACCCAAGUCUAACAUGUAUUUCUCAAUAUUUGAAAAACGCAAUUCAAAAAGUACUAAGUCGCAUAUUAACUCAAACACUGUGGAAGAAGAUAAACAUUUGAAAAAUGUUAACAUGAAUGAUUUGAGAUUCUCGCUGACGGGUACAGUCAAAGAUAUGCGCGAUUAUAAAACUCAUGACGUUGAUCUAUUCAAAGUUAGCAUAGAUUUGCAGAAAAUUAAAAACCUUAUCACUGAUAAACCAGAUUUAUUUGUUAAGACUAAUGGUGACGAGUACAAAAGUAUGUGUGUCUAUAAAAUGGGUCAAAAAUUGCAAAUUGAAUUAAAAUCUGGAAAAAAAAAGAUACUUACCAAGUCUCGAAGUUGUGAAUGUCUCGCAGAUCUUGCAAAACAUAGUUUACGUUCUCAAAGUAUGAAAAAAUGUAAGAGUUCGGAUAAUUUAUAUUACAAUAAUGUACAUGAUUCGGUGAUACUGACUGAUAAAAAAGACUGUGAAGAGAAGAAAGUUAAAAGUCAGAGACGAAAAACUAGACAGUUUGAAAAAAACGAGUGCGUUAGAUAGAUUAAGUUUAUUAAAUAAUAUGUUAAUUUGAAUUUGUAAUUUUUAUUUAAUAAUUAGGAACCGUAUAGGUAUUCUGUACAGAGACAUUGAGAACUUUUGAGCAUACUGUUCAGCUUCAGUGCAAUUUUUUGUUCAGCUACGAAACGACUCAUGAAUUUAUUUCACCUGUUAUCAAUCAACGUAUGUGCUUUGGAUAAACUUUUAAAACUGAAUAGCGUUUUUAUAUUCGGUUCUUGUGAUAAAUUUGAUAGAAUUUAAACUUUUUGUAGAAAGCUAUUAUUUUAUUAUAAUUUAACGUUACUUCUAUCGUAAAUAACAUUAAUAAAAAUAGAUCCAUUUCAAUUUUAAUACGAAAAUUAAGCUAUAAUAAUAAAUAGCUAUUAUUAAAAAGAAGUUUCGCUGGCCAUGUCAUUAU